AGGGACUGGGGGGAUAGAAGGCACAAAUGGCAGGUGAAGAGAAAGAAGUGUAAUUUUCACUGCAUUUGGCGAAAUCAAAAGAACAGGGACGCGGUCGGAGCUGUUCAUUUGAGCUGAACGCACAUAUAUGCCCCCGUCUCCAGUACUGGUGUGGAUGGACUCCGGCGCAGCGCCCCCUGCUGCCUCCUCGGGGGCGGUGAUGGCGGGGCCUUCGUCCGUGUGGAGACUGGCUGACCGUCGGAGCAGGAAGGCGGGCUCGGCAAAUAUAUUCAGCUCUGUGCAUCUGUGGCAGCUUCAGAGGCUAUUCCGGGCUGCGGGGGACCAGGACGCCGAGCAGAGGGCCCAGCUGGUGUGGGGCCGCGGGGAUGAGGCAGAACUGGCACAAGCCCUCAUCGCUCUGAGGGCCCGAGGGCAGAAGAGGGGCCUGAGGAGCAGAGGCAGGGACGCACUUGGAGCUCACUGGAUCAAAGCCUUCAACCACCUCAGGAUUGGCGAUAGCUCCCAGAGUCCUGCAGCCAAAAGCCCAGAACACCCUUGUGGCAAGCCAGAGUCCGACCUGCACCACACUCCCACUGUCGACCAGGGCUGGGACUGUCCCUCUCCCCCAGGGCCCAGGGAGGAACCAGUAGUGGAGCGACCAGGCAGGAGCGGGGGAGCAGGGAUCAGGAGAGGAGGAAUAGGAGGAGGGGAGGCAGAUCCAGACAGAUACCUCCACCGCAUCCUGCACUGACACAAGCCUACGGAGUAAACGGUGAAUGAGAGAGACAUUCAGUGAAAAGCAAAAGUCCAAAAGUCCUCCUUUUGCUCUCAACCUGGUGCUGUACUGUUCUGUCCUGUGUUUGCUGUGUUUUAUGAGUGCAGUUAUUUCUAAAGCUGCAGGAUAUUCACUUUAUUUUACAGUUUGCCAAUUAUUCAAGGUUUAGUAUAGCUUAUACCAAAGUGAAGUAGCUUGAUCCUGACGCUUAAGUCGGGUGUCCACUGCACGAUUUUGGCCAUCUGCUAUGAAAGAUUUCUGAUUGUGGCGAAAAUCUUGAGUCGUAGUUAAAAAUGGCGGGUCGGAGGUCUCGUACGAGCGAAGUCGAGCUGCGACUGACGCCACACCUGCCUGAUAUUUGGGAAUCUUGAGCGCAGAGUGAGCCCUCCUCUCGCUGCGUCUGUGAACCAUCUCUGUCCUGUCCAUGUGACCACCAGUAAACACAAGAGCUCGUCAGUAACAGUAACUCUCCUCUUUUCCCUUUCAUUUAGUCAUUUACAAAAAAUGUGGAAAUGCUGCUAGCAUUUUGCGUUAGCCUUAGACGUUAUGACACAGAGCCUGGAGCCUGAGAUUUGCUGAUGUUUGUUGUACCAUUUAAAUUCCUUACGUCGUGUGACAUCCAACAUUCUUAUGAGAUGAAAAAAUAGUGCAGUGGACACCAGGCUUUAGACUUUGUUUGGGAAGAAUACAUACAAUGCAAACGCUGCAUCUGUAUACUCACAAUACUUUCACAUGUAGCCAUGUUAUAUUAUAGUGUAAAGUGUGACAUAGGAUUUAAAAGGCUUAAAGCUACCAUCUCUAAGUUCGUUAGACUUUCACCAGUAGAUGUCAGAUGUGAAAGCUGUUCCUCCUCCCCUCUCUGGUCUUCUUCUGUCAGACCGGAAUUGGCACACUAACAGACAGAAGUAACAUAGACAGCAUCUAGUGGUGAUAUGUGAGAAUACAACAGGGGAGGGUCAGUCAGUCUAAUUAGAGAUGGUAGCUUUAAUAUUUGUUUCAUUGUUUGUUAUUUAUCACUGAUUAGACAAGGAAAAAUCACACGUACACAAAUCACAUAGCAAUGUUGUCUAUUUUUCUCACCUCAAAAUUAGUACCGGUAUUCUGAAAACAUACUUUGGGCACAUGUACUUACGGUAGUUACUUUCCAACACUGCAAGUAGAAUUAAAAAUAAAUGUAUACAAAAUCUAAUGUUCUGAUGAAAUUGUUCCCAGAUUAAAAUCAGGACCAAAACAAGGUGAAAUUAAAAACUAAAAUAUAUUUAUUAACAAUAGCUUAAUGUGGCUAACCUGUUGUGAUAGAUGUAUUAGUUCAGUUUUUUGUGUACUCCAUUAGUUAGGCACUUUCUGUUUCUAUAAUGUUAACUACAUAUUACGCAGCCUUAGUUCUAUGCUAGCCAGCCACUGAUGUUACAAAAGGACCCUGCAUUUUUUCUAAGUUCAAGGCAAGCCAAUUGAAAUGUAUAUAUUUAACAUACAUUAUUUUUUAUUAUUGGGGAUGUCAUGAUGCUGCACCCUUAUACCCUGCAGUUUUGAUUUUUGCCUUAUGAUUUUACAAACCACAGAACACUACAAUGCAUGAGAAUAUCUAUGACUGUUUUUAAUGUAUUUUAUUUACAAAUCAUUGAGAAAGUUUUGAUAACACUUUCAUUUUUACACUGAGAAUAAAUUUGACAAAUGAAGCACACC